AGCAGUUUAUGUGUAAAACCCCGGCCAUAGCGGAUAUUGUGAUCCUGGUGGACGGAUCAUGGAGUAUCGGACGGAUAAACUUCCGUCAGGUCCGCAUGUUCCUGGAGAAUCUGGUUAGCGCCUUCCAUGUGGAGUUUGACAAGACACGGAUAGGUGAGGAAACCAUCCAUCAGCCAUUUUACUGGUUUAUUGAUGUUCUUUCCCUAUCAUUGUCAUCAUCAUUAUAAUUAUGAGAAAGCAGUAUUGCUAAAGCACUCAUGAUUAGAUGGUGAUAGCCAAUUAGCCAUAUGGUCAUGGCCAUAUCCUGUCUAUUCCACCCACUGGAGUCACAGGUACUGUAGUUUCUGUGUUGUUGUGCUGCUGUGUUUCAUCUGAGUAAUAAAUUAUUAUUGUCAGUACACAUGUGGAUGUGUGUUGAGAGAAGCUCAUAGUGUUGAUACCCUGUGCACAGGUCUAGCCCAGUACAGUGGUGACCCCAGGAUUGAGUGGCACCUGAACACUUUCACCACCAAAGAAGCAGUCAUCAACGCUGUGAAGAACCUGCCCUACAAAGGAGGGAACACACUGACGGGUACUGGAAAGGAAUCCUUUCUUCCUCUGUUCUCUGUAAUACUACUGAACUCCACGUAAUACACAUUACCCACCGACACAUAUUACGCUCAUAAUGUUAUUCUGCCACAAUGUAUUAGAUGUCCAGAUAAACAGAUUGUCAAUCAGGUUUGUAUUACAUUUUGACCAUAUCUUAGAGAUUUAGACAGGCAACCCAAUAACCUAACAAAGACGCUAAUACUGUAUGUGACACUCCUCAAGAACCCCUGUGUAUGCAGGAGUUAGACAGUAUGCUGAUCUUUUUCUCUCUAGGUCUUGCAUUGACGUACAUCCUGGAGAACAGUUAUAAAACUGAGUCAGGAUCCAGGGCCGGCGUUCCCAAAAUUGGAAUCCUGAUCACAGAUGGGAAGUCUCAAGACGAUGUCCAACCCCCGGCUCAGAGUCUGAGAGAGGCGGGAAUAGAGCUGUUUGCCAUUGGUAUGAGAAAAAUAUGCAUCUUAAUUCUGUCUAAAUGCUCAUAUACUAGUGUAGUUAAAGAGAUAGUUGAAUGCAGAUGCACUUUUCUUGAAGAAUGGAGGACAUUUUUUUCACCUUUAACAUUUAUAUUUAGGAAAACUGUUUUGAGUGUGAAGCCACCUGUUCUGACACCUGCUUAGUGUAGUGAUAUGUCAUCUAGAGAUGUCUCAUUCUACUCAUCCUACUCAUCUCUCCCUCUCUCUCUUUCUGCCGGUGUCUCUCUCUCCCCCUUUUCCUCCUUCACUCUCUCUACCUCUUUCUCUGUAAAGGUGUGAAGAAUGCCGAUGAGAAAGAGCUGAAGGCCAUCGGCUCGCCUCCAGAGGAGACGCACGUCUACAACGUGGCCGACUUCAGCGCCAUGAGCUCCAUCGUGGAGGGUCUGUCCAGGACCAUCUGCGACCGGGUCGAACAGCUCGACAAGGCAAUCAAAGGUGAGCCAGAUUCAAGUAGGGUAGUAGAUUCAGAAAAGAGAAUUGAAAAUGUUAAAUCCAGACCUGGGUUCAAAUACAUGUGUAAUUCACCAUCUGGUAUUUAAAAUCCAUAGUAUUGAGUAUUUUGAAAUGCACAGCCCAAAACAAAUACUUCUAUUUGAGUAAUUUAAUGGUUAUUUGUAAAAACCAAGUUGUCUGCCAUAAUUGUAUUUGACAGCAUUUUCAAAUACUUUUCAAGUUUAUUUUCCAAAUACAUUAACAUAUUCAACUACUUGUCUUUUCAACAAAAAAUCAAUCUGAAUACUUACUUUGAAUGUAUGUUAAAGUAAUUGAGAUAUUUGAAACAGUAUUUGAACCCAGGUCUGGUUACAUCACAGGUGAGCAUUAAAGACAUUUAGUCAUAUAGUAUCCCUUUUUACAAACAGACAGUGUUUGAAAUGUGUCACUUCAGUCAUUUUGGAAAAAUCCACACGAAAGCAAACAAAUCCAUCCUCUCAUCCUCUCACCCUUUCUCUUUCUUCACCCACCCUACAUCUUCUCAGGCGACAGAGGCCCAGAAGUCACCAUGGCCGCUCCCAGUGACCUGGUGACCUCAGAGGUGACAGCCAGGAGUUUCCGGGUGUCGUGGACCCACGCACCAGGGACGGUGGAGAAGUACCGGGUGGUGUUCUACCCUACCAGCGGGGGCCAGCCCGAGGAGAAGGUGGUGCAGGGCACAGUAGACACGGUGGUGCUCAACUACCUGCUCUCUCUGACUGAGUACCAGGUGGCCGUGUUCGCCAUCUACGCCAGCUCAGCUAGCGAGGCCCUCCGAGGCAGCGCCACCACAUGUAAGUCUAGUUACAAAACUGAAUCCCACCUUGGAUAUCUGUGUUUACUAAGUACACAAUUGACCUUAUGCAAAGUUAAAGGGGAUGGUGAGUAAACCUACCGCUGUCAGACUGACAUACAGAUGGAGGGGGAACAAAGACAAUUUACUCCAUCCAGUAAUGCUGUAAAUGCUCUCACUUUUGGAGCGCUUAAGUAGAUAAUUUAAGUGAGGGGAUGUGGCCACUCGUGGCCAAACAGGUUAACGGGAAUGGAGAUUUCUUUGCUGUGUGAAUUGUGAAUUAUGCCUGUUGACUUCAUUGUUUACAAUUUGACUGUUGUUUCUCCAUUUACUAUGUUACGAAACUGGUUAGCAAACCUACACUCUUAGAAAAAAGGGUUCCAAAAGGGUUCUUCAGCUGUCCCCAUAGGAGAACCCUUUGAAAAACCCUUUUUGGUUUCAGUUAGAACCAUUUUGGGUUCCAUGUAGAACCCUCUGUGAAAAGGGUUCUUCAUGGAACCCAAAAGGGUUCAACAGUACCUGGAACCAAAAGGGUUAUUCCUGGAACCAAAAAGGGUUUUUCAAAGGGUUAUCCUAUGGGGACAGCCGAAUAACCAUUUUAGGUUCUAGAUAGCACCUUAUUUUCUAAGAGUGUAUAUAAACACUGGCAAAUCAGGGGAAGCUAGGACAUGCUAACAAGUCUGUAACCUCUCCGAGUCGAGGUAAGUGAACAGGGUGUUGUAUGUCUUUGUCCCUAGUGGAGACAGCAUAGCCUACUCUCCAGGGUCCAGGGAGAGCUCAGUUGGGACUCCGUUGUCGCCUAGCCCAAGCAGGUUAUUAGGUUCAAAUGUUGACAAAGAUAAUAGUCUACAAAAGGAAAAACAAAAAUGCAUGCCAAACUAAGGAAAAGGAUUCAGACACAAAUGGGAAAGCCCUACCUGGUCAGGAGGCUACUCCCAAUCAGCUUCUCAGCUAGGUAAUCACUCCCUACCGGCACUCCAAGCACCUGGCCCAGCUGCUGCUGGGAUGUGAAGAGGGCAAAUGGACUGCUAACUGUGUCCUAACCUCCUCCCUACCUCUAACCCCUGAUUAGACAGAGCAGGGCUGGAGCAAAAACCUGCAUAUGCGGUAGGUAAGCAUUUCACUGUUAGUCUGCACCUGUUGUUUACAAAGCAUUUGAUUUGAUUUGAGCUCUCCAUUAGGAGGGUUUUGCUAACCCAGGUCUACUAGUCUAAGUCAUUUCCUAGUUUUAACCCUGCGUGAACUGUGUGUGACCACUGUGUGACCCAUAGAAAUACAAUUACUAGAAUGGGCUAAAGCCCCUCUGACCUCAGCAAUUUGACUGCACCCUCAUGGGUACACUCAAUUUGACUGACAUGGAAUUGUAAUCCUGAACAUUGACUUGAAUGUUGAUGCCUGUUCUAGUAAUGAUAUGGUGUGACCCGUGUAUGACCUAUGUGACCCUUGUGUGUUGCAGUGGCCCUGCCCAUGGUGAACAACCUGGAGCUGUUUGACAUCACCCACAACACCAUGAGGGCACGCUGGAGGGUCGCAGAGGGGGCUUCUGGCUACAUGAUCCUCUAUGCCCCGCUGACCGCGGGAGACGAAGUCGACGAGAAGGAGGUGAGAAAAAAGAGACAGAAGGGAGGAUGGAGAGGAUAGAGGAUGAGAAAAUGAGAGAGAAGAGGAAUGAGAUGGUAAAAUAAAGACAGAGGGGAGGAGAAAUGACUGUCAGAAAGGAAAGGAAAGAAGAAAGAUGGACAGAUGGAGAGGGAAGGAGAGAGAAGAGGAUAUAAGAAAUGGAGUGGCACUUUUAAAUACAGAUGAAAGUAAAGAAGUAGUAGGAGAGGGAAUUUAGACUCAAGGCAAUGAAAUAUUUAGAAUACACUCUAACUCAGUGGUCACCAACCUUUUCUGAGUCAAGAUCAGUUUCUUAGUCAAAAUGCAAGCCAAGAUUUAACAUGACUUAAAAAACAAAGGCCUAUGCAACAUUAACCAAUUAAAAACUGUUUUGUAGCAAUGAGGUUUGUGUAGUAGGCUAUAGGCCCAAUACAUUAUCACUGCAUAUUGGCUAUGCUUGAAUUGCCCUGCCAAUGUUGAUCUUCUCAGACCAUUUUGAAAUUAUCUUUCAAAAUUGUAGGUAUAUGAUCACACUGGUAAUAGAUCAUUUGUUGUAUUACUUGUGAGGCACAGCUGAGUGAGCAUAAUAGAGAAGUAAAAUAUUCCUCGAUAUAAAAAAAUACACAAGCCGCUAAUAAUAACAACGCAAGCUUAUCAAAACACUUUGCUAUACUGCAGUACUGGCGUGAGUGGAAGUAGCGAGCGCGCAUUUUAUGGCUUAUUAAACUGUUGAACAAAGUGUUGACAGUGCUGAAUACCAACUUAAUCAUGAACUUAGUCAGAAAAACAGCAGCUCUUUGCUGUAUUCGUUGAGUCUCUAGUCGUGAUUUUAAAAGUUUUAAAAUCUCACAUUAUCAACUUUGCUGUGCGUUCAAUGCUUUUAACAGUCUAUGGUGCGAGGAAACUGUGCAGACACGGUGAUCUGAGCUAUCUGAUUGGCCAGUUGUAGGCCUAUAGGUGCACUUGAUUUACUCUCUGGGCCUGCCGGGUAGGUGGAGUUCUACCUUCAGACACAUGAAAUGGUUCAUAACCUUCCCCGCUCUAGGGCUGCUAAAUCAAGUGCACCUACCACCAACAAGGCUUUAUCGUUGUUUUUUUUACAGAAAUGUUUGGUGAUCGACUAGGAAUGACUUGGAGAUCGACCGGUUGGUGACCACUGCUCUAACUAGUGCAGUGGAACGGGGUGAGGAGAGAUGGAGAGGGAGAGAGAAGUUCCUCCACCCAUCAAAUUCCACCCAUCCUGUUAGUGCUCAUUAAAAAAUAACACUCCCUCCAGGCACAGUCAUCAGUUCAGGUUCACAGUUUCACUUGCUCAGCCUGUUGGGGCACAACACAAGACCUUCUGGGGCUUUUCUCUCUUUUUUUUCUCAAAGGGAGGUUUGAAGUUUUUGUAUCUUUUUCAAAUAAAGUUACACUGGCUGUUGUCGAUCGAUCCAGACAGGUUUUAAGUGCAUAUCUCGGUUGUUUAGUUAAAUGCUGCAGCCUCUAGCUAGAUUAGCAUAAAACUAAUGGAAUUCUGGGGCAGUAUGCUCCAUUCUCUAAAAGGCAGGAAAUGGCACUUCUUUCACACACUUAUGUAUCACGUCUGGCUGGCUGGCUGGCUGGCUGGCUGGCUGGCUCGCUGCCACUUUAUUUGGCUGUCUGACCGCCUUGCCCUUGUCUAUUUGAUGGUUGAUUCUGUCUCUAUCAACCCCCUGCGCCUUUGCCAACCUCUCUGCGUACCUGUCUGUCACCUCGUCUAAGGUCUCUGAUGACUGUUUGUGCAGGUGAAAGUGGCUGAGACGGUGAAUGAAGUGGAACUGAAGGCCCUGACUCCAGACACAGAGUACACAGUGACCGUGUACGCCAUGUAUGGAGAGGAGGCCAGUGACCCUUUGACCAUUCAGGAGACCACCCGUGAGUAACCGCCUCAUACACUCGUACUCAUGCACGUGCACGCACAGAUUCACACACACAUGCAUAAGCAGGCACUAACACAUACGCACACACACACACAUGAGAAUUUCAGAAACACUGAGCUACCCGUAAGAAAACAGUUGGGACACUUGUAAAAACAUGAGUAGAAAAAGCUGUCAUAAUAAAUGUGAAUCUCUAUCAGAACAUGGGAUGAAUAUUUCCUGGCUGAGCAUGAAAAUAUUUACUGUAGGUAUUUACAGUAGAUGUUUGGUUAGCCAUCCGGCCUAGUGAAUUUGCAUAAUUCUGCCUGCAUCUUGUAGGAGCGAUAUCAAGCCCUGGCAAGCUUUAGAACAAGACCUAACGAACAGGCUGCCAAAACAAUGGUGUUUGUGCUAAUUUUACAUUUCAGAGCUAUUUGGGGGCAUCAAUUUAGUGUUGAAGUUGACGAUCUGUCAAUCAUCACUUUGCUAAUUCAUGUGUUAUUAACUUUCUUCAAAUGUUGAUUAGGGAGGUGUCACGACAUGUACAGCAGAUUUACGGGUCAUUCCACGAAAUUAGUGCCUUUUGAUAUUUUAAGGAGAAAUUGUGCACCAAUAUUGCAUUUUUUAAAACUGUUAUAUUAAAUGAAGUUCCCUUUAAUAUAGACCACAUGGAGAAUUCAAUCAAUCUGAUUGAAUCACAUGUCCCUCCAUGUACUCUCCGUGACUUCUAGGAAGAUAUUAACCCACUUAACACCAGCAUUUCUCCACGUUUUCACCAUCAUUGUAAAGCCCUAGUUAUUUUGUUGCUUUGACAAAGUCAUUUCUGAAGAUGAUUAUUUAUUUAAUGUGAUUAGGGAUUAAUUUACCCUGUUAUGUGAACUGAACUCUCAUUUUAAAAUUGUGAAACUGUUCCUUAUUAUUUUUGUAUUUUUUUAAGAAACAUUGAACAUCUAAUAGUCAAAUCAUAGUGUUAAAGGUGGUGAGCUGGUUCUACUGUUUUUGUAAAUUUUCUGGUGUUUUGUCGUGUAAAACAGCUGGUCGAGCAUAACAUGUCAACCCUGUUACGUAUAGAUAGACUGGCUAGAAAUUUUUUAACAAUUUCAUUUGUUUUGUAAAGCUUGCAAUAAAUUGCCACUCCCUGUUGCACACAUCAGGCUUCUAUUCCCCCUGUCACAAUGACUGAUUUAAGAUGAAAUCGUCAACCUUGUUACGGUCAACCCUGUUACAGUCAACCCUGUUACAUAUUUGGCGCUUAAUAGGCACUUACAAAAGUCAUUUUUUAAAUGUAACCUCUUGAGAUGGGAAAAUGUGUUUUUUAUGAAGUUGAACAUGUGCUCUUUAUGACAGAAUGUUAAAAUGAAGUGAAAUCAAACGUUUUCUUUUUUACCAAGUUACACUUCUCAAAAGGCACCGAAUUGGUGGAACAUACAGAGGCUUGAAAACAGUUUAGAAAGUAGUUGUCCUUACACAUUUUGUCUGUUAUAAGGGUACAGGAUAGUGCCUUAAAGGGAAAGUUCACUCAAGAAUAAAACUUUUUUAGAUGUUGUGUAGAUCCAGUUUAUAUGUCUCAACCACAAUAGAAUGGGAAAGAAAAACACUGUCUUAAACACUGCUAGUAUUUCCCAAUUCAUUAGGAAUUGAGGUAUGUAACAUGAUCUACUGUAAAUAACAGAUUGUGUGUUCUCAACUCAUCUCAACAUUAGAUCACUUAGGACAUCUGAAAACAUCUGAAAAAUGGAUUUUGGAGUGAUCUGUCCCUUUUAGUAACGACAGCAUUGCAGUAUACGUAGUACAAUACGAUAUAAACUCAGCAAAAAAAGAAACGUCCUCUCACUGUCAACUGCGUUUAUUUUCAGCAAACUUAACAUGUGUAAAUAUUUGUAUGAACAUAACAAGAUUCAACAACUGAGACAUAAACUGACCAAGUUCCACAGACAUGUGACUAAAAUAAAUUGAAUAAUGUGUCCCUGAACAAAGGGGGGGUCAAAAUCAAAAGUAACAGUCAGUAUCUGGUGUGGCCACAAGCUGCAUUAAGUACAGCAGUGCAUCUCCUCCUCAUGGACUGCACCAGAUUUGCCCGUUCUUGCUGUGAGAUGUUACCCCACUCUUCCACCAAGGCACCUGCAAGUUCCCUGACAUUUCUGGGGGGAAUGGCCCCUAGCCCUCACCCUCCGAUCCAACAGGUCCCAGACGUGCUCAAUGGGAUUGAGAUCCAGGCUCUUCGAUGGCCAUGGCAUAACACUGACAUUCCUGUCUUGCAGGAAAUCACGCAUAGAACGAGCAGUAUGGCUGGUGGCAUUGUCAUGCUGGAGGGUCAUGUCAGGAAGGGUACCACAUGAGGGAGGAGGAUGUCUUCCUUGUAACGCACAGCAUUGAGAUUGCCUGCAAUGACAACAUGCUCAGUCCGAUGAUGCUGUGACACACCACGCCAGACCAUGACGGACCCUCCACCUCCAAAUCGAUCCCGCUCCAGAGUACAGGCCUCGGUGUAACGCUCAUUCCUUCGAUGAUAAACGCGAAUCCGACCAUCACCCCUUGUGAGACAAAACCGCGACUCGUCAGUGACGAGCACUUUUUGUCAGUCCUGUCUGAUCCAGCGACGGUGGGUUUGUGCCGAUAGUCGACGUUGUUGCCGGUGAUGUCUGGUGAGGACCUGCCUUACAACAGGCCUAAAAGCCCUCAGUCCAGCCUCUCUCAGCCUAUUGCGGACAGUCUGAGCACUGAUGGAGGGAUUGUGCGUUCCUGGUGUAACUCGGGCAGUUGUUGUUGCCAUCCUGUACCUGUCCCGCAGGUGUGAUAUUCGGAUGUACUGAUCCUGUGCAGGUGUUGUUACACGUGGUCUGCCACUGCGAGGACGAUCAGCUGUGACCUUAAUUGCCUACCGUCUGUAAGCUGUUAGUGUCUUAACGACCGUUCCACAGGUGCAUGUUCAUUGAUUGUUUAUGGUUAAUUGAACAAGCAUGGGAAACAGUGUUUGAACCCUUUACAAUGAAGAUCUGUGAAGUUAUUUGGAUUUGUGUGAAUUAUCUUUGAAAGACAGGGUCCUGAAAAAGGGACAUUUCUGUUUUUGCUGAGUUUACUUAAUUGUCCAUUUACAUGGAAAUUCAUUUUGUGGUGUCAGCUUACAAAUACACAAACACAACACAAUAUAUUACAUGCAGUACGAAAAACUAGAUAUUUUGAAAGUUAAUACUCAAGUCACACAUUUACAUUUUCACUGAUUCAAAGUCUCUACGGCCUACUGUCCAACCGUGUAUUGGACCUGCAUCUGUCCUAUGUCCCACUGUUCAGCAGCCUGAUGGAAUGAAACUUGCCCUGCUCCUAUUCUUGCUGAACAGUGGGACCCUUAAUCUCCUUCCGGAUGGCAGCUGCUCAAAACAUUGGGCAAGAUUGUUGGUGGGGUCCUCUAUGAUGUUCCUGGCCUUGUCUCUUGCCCGUUUAUCAUAGAGGCCCUGAAGCCCCCUGCACUGCAGCCUGCAGAGCUUGGACCCCAGGUUCACAGUCUAGCUGAGGAUACCAUUAUUAGCCACUGACUGCCCACUACCAGGCCAGGAAACAGAAAGUCAGCAUACUCUCUAUAUGACAGGUGGAGUAGUAUCCGGGUGUUGACAUUCAGUUGUCGCAGUUUGCGCAGGAGGUACGGUCAUUGUUGGUAUUUUUUUAUUGAUGUUCUGAGUGUUGGCAUUAAAAGAGAGUGUGCUGUUCAUGAUGGUUCUCACCCACUGGGAAAAAACUGUUUGAAUCAACGUUGUUUCCACGUAAUUUCAACCAAAAAAUUCAAUGUGAUGACGUUGAAUCAAUGUGGAAAACUGAUUGAAUUUGAAAAAUGUCUUCAACGUAAGGAAAUUUCGUAUUUUUUUCACACAACUUUUAACCUAAAUCCAAUGACAUGGUGAAGCUUUUUGUUGAUUUCACAUUGAAUUCACACCAGUUGACAACCCAACCAAAUGUACAUCAAAACUAGACGUUGAAAUGACGUCUGUGCCCAGUGGCCAGGUACUUAAAACUCCCCACUCUCUCUACCUGUUUACCACCCAGGACUAGGUGGCUCACUGGGUCUGCAUUCCUCCUGAAAUCAAUGAGCAGUUAUUUUGUUUUGUUGAUGUUGAGUGUGAGGAAGUUGUUAUUGCACCAGUCAUGGACCCUGUUUACUUCUGUUGGGAAAUGCAGUCAUCUGAGAGGUCGACAAGGGCGCUGUCAUCUGCAUAUUUCACUGCCAAGCAGUCCCCUUCUGAGCCUCUCAGGUCAUUGUUGUAUAUCAGGGGUGUCAAACGUCCGACCCGCGGGCCGGAUCAGGCCCGCAAACGGGUUUAAUCCGGCCCGCGAGAUGAUUUUGUAAAGUAUAAAAAUGAGCUGCAAUCUUUCAAUAAAAUAAACUGCUGUUCCAAUUGCGUCCACUGGAUGGCGCAAUAGCAAUUGUGUUAAGCAAGCAAACUGUUUAUACCGGGGCAGAGCAAGUAGGUCAAGCAAGUGCAGCCAGUCCGGAUGAGCUACUUUGUUUUGCCCGCGAUAUUUAUUACGGCUUCUACUUUUAACAUUAUGUGCUUUGGCACCCUCAUUGCCCCAAUAUGUCUCUGUCAAAAAAGAGAAAAGUGGACGCAGAGUGCAGAGUGUUCCAAGAAAAAUGGUCAUCCUCCUAUUUAUUCACGGAAUUGAAUGGGAAAGCUGUAUGUUUGGUGUGUUCACAGCAUGUUGCAGUGCUGAAAGAAUAUAACCUUCGUCGCCACUAUGUGAGUCUUCAUGCCGACAAAUAUAACAACUUUCAAGGACAGCGGAGAAGAGAGAAGGUGAAUGAACUGUUGGCGGGUCUGAAGAAACAGCAGUCUGUGUUUACUCACAGCCAAGACAUCAGUGACGCUGCAGUGAAAGCUAGCUACCUCAUUGCUAAUGAAAUCGCAGUGGCUUCAAAACCAUUUAGUGAGGGUGAAUUUGUAAAAACAUGCAUGAUGAAGGCAGCGGAGAUUGUGUGCCCUGAAAAGCGCAAGGCUUUUGCAAAUAUCAGCCUGACAAGAAACACAGUUGCAGACAAGAUUUCCGAUCUUUCAGUGGAUUUGGACAGCCAGUUGAAGCAAAAAGUAAAGUCAUUUAUUGCGUUUUCGGUUGCAAUUGAUGAAAGCAGGACAUUACAGAUGUUGCACAACUGGCCAUUUUCACCCGCGGAGUUGAUGGCACAUUGACCAUCACCGAGGAGUUCGUGGAGUUGGUGCCGAUGACAGAUACAACGACAGCAGCUGAUAUUUUCACCGCACUCGUCGGCGCGCUGGACAGUGUCAGAGUGGACUGGUCCCGCGCUGUCAGCCUGGCUACAGAUGGUGCGCCCUCAAUGAUCGGGAAAAAGCAGGCGUUGUGACAAAGUUCAGAGAGAAAGUGCAAUCUGCAAAUGGAGGAUGUGAUUUUUGGACUUUUCACUGUAUUUUGCACCAGGAGGCUUUGUGUUGCAAGUCAUUAAAGAUGGAUAACGUCAUGAAGGUGAUCAUCCAAACUGUUAAUUUCAUCCGAUCCAGAAGCCUGAAUCACCAUCAGUUUGACAACCUUCUCAGAGAGAAAGGCCACAUCUAUGGCCUGCCAUACCACACUGAGGUAAGAUGGUUAAGUCGAGGUGCUGUGCUGAGGCGUUUCUUUGAUUUACAAGAAGAAAUUGAACAGUUCAUGGAAGAAAAGGGCAAACCAGUGUUAGAAUUUCAUUCCGCAGAAUGGAUGCAGGACCUUGCAUUUAUGGUGGAUGUUACAGAGCACCUGAAUAACUUGAACAAAUAGCUGCAAGGGCGCAACAAAGUUGUCACGCAGUAUUAUGACAACAUACGUUCUUUCAAGUUGAAGCUGUCAUUGUGGGAGACGCAACUCGCCGGUGGUGAUGCAGCUCACUUCCCCUGUCUGAAAAAUGUGUGCGCGACCCAACAUGUGGCAGACAUGAAGCGGUUCAAAGAUAAAAUAACGGGAAUGUUACGGGAGUUUGAGCAACGCUUUCAGAUUUUUGGUGAACAGGAGAAAGACUUCAAAGUUUUUUGCUCGCCAUUCACCGUGAAUCCCUCUGAUCUGCCCGUCAGCAUCCAACUUGAAAUAAUAGACUUGCAGUGUGACUCGGAUUUGAAGGGCAAAUUUGCCGCAGCUGGCUUGGACACAUUUUAUCAGAAUCUCUUGCCAGGUUACCCCAACUUGACAGCCCUCGCUGCAAAACUGUUGUGCAUGUCUAGAACCACAUAUCUUUGUGAGCAAGUUUUCUCUGUAAUGAGCAUAAAUAAAACAAAGCUGCGCUCAAGGCUCACGCACAAGCACUUGAAUCACAUCCUGAAGUUGGCUGCCACUCAGGAUGUGACGCCUGAUAUUGAUGCGCUGGUGAAAGCUAAAAGAUGCCAGGUAUCAGGAGUCAAAUAAUCUAUGCAACCCCACUUAAAGUGCUGCAUGAGACACCCUGAUAUAGUUCUGUGAUCUGUGAUAUACUUCUGUGAAUCACUGAGGCAUUGUGUGUUUGUGUGUUAUUUUUCUUUAGAAUUUUCAAAUAAACUUGAGGUGUUUUAUGAUUAAUAGUGAUGUUGUGCUUGUACUAUUUUGGACACACUGUCCUCAGGCUCCAGCUUUAUGUUUUAUGUUGAUCGUAUUAAAACAAAGAAAACAAUCUGAAGUUGUUGUUUUUAAGUUAUAUAUACCAUGGUUUUACCCGUCCGGCCCACUUGGGAAUAGAUUUUCCUCCAUGUGGCCCCUGAGCUAAAAUGAGUUUGACACCCCUGUUGUAUAUGGAGAAUAACACUGGGGAGAUGCCAGUUCCUUGGGGGGAACCGGUAGAUGUACACAGAGGAAGGGAUGUUGUGUUGUUGAACUGGGCAUACUGCCCCCUGUCACGAUCGUUGGAGGAAGUGGACCAAUGCGCAGCGUGAUGAGUGAACAUACUUUUAUUUGAUUCACCACACGAAACAAAACAACAAAACGAUACGUGAAGUCCUAGGUAACAGACACUUACCAUACACGGAACAAGAUCCCAUGAAUACCAAAUGCACAAACGGCUGCCUAAAUAUGGUUCCCAAUCAGAGACAACAAGCAACAGCUGAUUCACGUUGCCUCUAAUUGAGAACCACCCCGGCCAACAUAGAAACACAUGAACUAGAAACUAAAACAUAGAACACAAAACAUAGACUCUACACACCCUGGCUCAACAUAAAAGAGUCCCUAGAGCCAGGGCGUGACAGUACCCCCCCCCCCCCCCCCCCCCCCCCCCCCCCCCAAAGGCGCGGACUGCGACCGCGCCAACAUAACCCAACAGGGGAGGGGCCGGGUGGGCAUUCCUCCUCGGAGGCGGUUCCGGCUCCGGGCUUGACCACCACCCUCUAACAACCCCCCCGUAGCGCCCCUGGUCUGGUCCCGCUGGCUGGAGCUGGACUGGACAUCAGUGGAGCGGUUUGCUUAGGCUCCGGUGUGGAGCAGCUGACCGGUACCUGACCAGGCACCGGUGAAACGGGCACGGGCUGUGCCAGACUGACGACGCGCACCACAGGCUUGGUGCGGGGAGCAGGGACGGGCCGGACCGGGCUGACGACGCGCACCAUUGGCUUGGUGCGGGGAGCAGGGACGGGCCGGACCGGACCGGGCUGACGAAGCGCACCACUGGCUUGGUGCGGGGAGCAGGGACGGGCCAAACCGGGCUGACGAAGCGCACCACUGGCUUGGUGCGGGGAGCAGGAACAGGCCGGACCGGGCUGGCGACGCGCACCAUAGGCUUGGUGCGAGGGGCAGGAACAGGCCGGGCCGGGCUGGCGACGCGCACCAUAGGCUUGGUGCGAGAGGCAGGAACAGGCCGGGCCGGGCUGGCGACGUGCAUCACAGGCUUGGUGCGAGGGACAGGAACAGGCCGGACCGCACUGGGAACACACACCACUGGCCUUAUACGGGGAUCAGGAACGGGCCGGACCGGACUGGCAACACACCUCAGUACCUCUCGCCGUGCCUCUACAUUUUCCUUCCCUCUACUCGCCAAUGGCUCCCGUAACCCGGUGGCCUUCUCUCCUCGUCCACUAACUCGCCCCUUAUCUGCCUCCAGCAGCCCCGUCGUCCACGGUGUGAGCCCCCCCUAAAAAUUUAUUGGGCUUGUCUCUCCCCCGUGGAUAUGGCCUCCAUGGCUCUCGCCAGACUCUCCAUCCUCUGCUCCCAAGUCCAACCUAUCUCCUCCUCACGCUGCUUGACCCAGUCGAGGUGGACAUCCGCUAAAGUUACCUCCGGCGUGUACUCCUGGACACGCCGCUCGGUCCAGUAUUGGUGGGAUCUUCUGUCACGAUCGUUGGAGGAAGUGGACCAAUGCGCAGCGUGAUGAGUGAACAUACUUUUAUUUGAUUCACCACACGAAACAAAACAACAAAACGAUACGUGAAGUCCUAGGUAACAGACACUAACCAUACACGGAACAAGAUCCCACGAAUACCAAAUGCACAAACGGCUGCCUAAGUAUGGUUCCCAAUCAGAGACAACAAGCAACAGCUGAUUCACGUUGCCCCUGAUUGAGAACCACCCCGGCCAACAUAGAAACACAUGAACUAGAAACUAAAACAUAGAACACAAAACAUAGACUCUACACACCCUGGCUCAACAUAAAAGAGUCCCUAGAGCCAGGGCGUGACACCCCCUGUUCAGCAGGCAGUCCAGUACCUGCUAGGUAUGGUCCAUCUGUAGGUGGGAGAGAAGGUGAGGCUGCAUGCAGUUAAAAACAAAGUAGAAGUCCAGGAAAAGGAUGCGCACAUAAGAGUGAGCCCUCUCCCAGUGUGUCAUGGCACUGUGUAACACCGCCAGGACUGCAUCCUCCACUGAUCUGUUCUUCCUGUAUGCAAACUGCAUUGGAAAAGAUCCUUGCCAAACUUUAAAACCCUUCUCUCCAACUUUUUUAUUUCCAAUUCCCUCAUGAAACCAGUUCACCUUCACUGCAUCCUUUUCAUGCUCCCUGCGUCUAAAGUUAAACGCUGACCCUCAUUUAAAAUGAGCUGAAUGAACCGCAGCAAGAAAAUCCAGGGAGUAAUUCUAAGCAGGAGUUUUAGCCCUACCUGAAGUAAAGCUCCUUGUUAAAUAAAAACUUUUCCAGAGAAUGUGUUUUGUGCGCAAAAGGCCAUUAUUCUGCCCUUUUGUUCCUUGGAGAGGAACUCUCAAACAAAAAGAGUCAUGUCACGCACCGUAUUAGGGUUGACCCGUGAGCCAUGUUCCUGUUCUCUGCCCCCCUCUUCUCUCAGUACCCCUGACCCCGGCGCGGAACCUGCGCUUCUCCAACGUCGACCAUAGCUCGACCAGACUCACCUGGGAGGCGACGUCCAAUAAGGCCAACGGCUACCGCAUCAUGUACGUCAAGACUAAUGGAGUGCAGACCAAUGAGGUGAGUGCUCACGUAGCUGGACUUUAAGCCCAUAAAUAUAUUGUGUUCAUGUUAAUGUUGCAGACUUUCCCCCUAAAGAAAGAACUUUCCAAAGACAGUUCUGUAUUUCUGCAAGAAUAGCAUCUUGCUAACAUAUUAACCUUAUAGAAUGUGAUAUAUAAUCUGAUAUAUGAUUCUGACUGAUGUAUAGAAAAGUAGGCAUCACUGGAAGGAUACCACCUUUAUGAGAUGAAUAAAAUAAAUACAAAUAUGUAUUUUAUAUUGUCACAUAGAGGGACUCACACUGACCGUUAACCCUGACCUCUCUCUUCGGUGGCCAUAGAUAGACGUUGGCCGCAUCACCACCCUGUUGCUAAGGAACCUGACGUCAUUGACGGAGUACACGGUGGCCAUCUUUGCUAUUUAUGACGAGGGCCAGGCAGAGCCACUGACUGACAGCUUCACCACUAGUAAGACUGUCUCUACCCGUAUAAGCAAUGCUAUUGACAGCUCUUGGCUUUCAACAACAGCCUUUAUAAUACAAAAAGGCUAUAAAUGCUGUGGCUUGUAGAAAGUGCCAUAGAAAUAGAAUUACUAGAACGGAUGUUCCCAUUUAAUUCAACGUUCCGUGAUGGAUGGGCAUUCUAUUUCUAUGGAAAGUGCUACCAAAUUAUCUAGCUGCAUUUGAAGAUGAAACACUGAUGUAAGUCAUGAACAGAAUCUUACAUGGGAUAAAGUGUAUCUAAAAGUGAGUGCUGACUGUGAAUAUGACCACUCAUAUGGGGGAUGCCAAAGUGAUGUGGAACUCCUUCCAUUCUUUUGAGGCUUCUUUACCCUUUGUGUCUAAUCCAGAGACAGUCCCAGAGCCUCUGAACCUGAGGAGCAGUGAAGUCUCCACAGAGAGCUUCAGGGUCACCUGGGAACACUCAGCCCAAGACGUGGUCCUUUACAGACUCACAUGGACCCCAAACAGAGGAGGAGAUACUAAAGAGGUCUGUGUCUGGCUGUCUUGUCUGGCUGACUGGCUGGUUGGUUGGUUAGUUGAAUGGAUUCAUAGUUCUCUUUCCGUCUGUCACUGCAAUUAUGUUUCAUUCUGGUGUCUCAUAUCAGCUAAAGAAUAUAUGACUGCAAUUGAAUUGUCUCUGCUAGCAGAUUUUCAGCUACGUGAUUUCUCUCAGGUUAUGUAUGCUGUAUUGGAAGAUGUACAACUCACCUCCCAUACUUUCUAUCACAUCCCUGAGCAGUUCAAGAUUGACCAUCUUGCAGGCACUCACUGAAUAUUGACACAAAGCCAGUUAUGCUAGAUACAGAAAUUGAUUGCCUACUUACCUUCUAUGUGUUUUGUACCAAUAAAUCCUGAUGCGAGCAGUACUUCCCUUUUUUUUUUUUUUUACACGACUCACAUCUUGAUUCAUGCGUUCAAAAACAAAACACCACCCAUACGUAAAAAUGUAUGCACACAUAACUGUAAGUCGCUUUGGAUAAAAGCGUCUGCUAAAUGGCAUAUUUAUUUGUAUUUAUUUUUUGAAGUGCUAUUUUGAAGCCCUUUUGGUGACUGUAGAAUUCCAGUCCAUAAGUGCAUUCGGUAGCAGCAGAAAUAUCUGACAUUGACUUAACUUCUCUCUACAUUCCCUCCCUCCCUCCCUCUAUGGUGAAGAUGCUAGUGAACGGUAACAUGAACAGCCACCUGCUGAUUGGUCUGAAGCCCAUCACUGAGUACGAGGUCUCUCUGAUCGCUGUCUUCAGAAACGAGGUGGAAAGCGACGCCGUGACCCUCACAGAGUCAACAGGUAAUUAAGGGAAACGCCACUCCAAUCAGGGUUAAUUGAACAUUGGGGAUUGUAUUGAUUAUUGUAUUGAUUUGGUGUUGCCUCUGUGCUACUGCUUGCUCUUUGGGGGCUUUGAGCCAGGUUACGAUUAAGCACCUUGUACCUUUCAAUGCAUUUGUUAGAAUCGUGCAUGUCCACCACACAGCUUUGAUACCCAUGUCUUGUAUGUUUGCUACAGUGCAUUGUUCAUUGAGACUGGUCUUGAGAAAGACCUUUGUGCUGAAACAUUGUCAUUAAACAGUCUAAACUAUAUCCCCUCUUAUUCUUCUUUUGAAGGCUCAAUAUACACAUUUGCUUAACUGAUUGAUUGAUCUGACCAUUUUGUCUGUUUUUCAGUGACAAGAACAACGACUACCACAAAAGCUACUACUACCACAAUUACCACAAAAGCUACCACCACAGCAGGUAAAUUAGAUUUUUUUCGGUCAUGUACUGUAUAGAUUUUUAUAAAGUGAAUUUUGUGAGCGCUUUUAAUAGUAAUUUCCCCAACUUGUCCUGUUGAUUAUAAUAGUGAUGGUAAUGAUAAUAGAUUGUGUUUAAAUAGUGCUUUUCACUUUGUUUAAAAUUGCAACUCACUUCAUCCAUCAUCAAUAAUAUGUAGCUAUGAUCUCACCAGGAUCUCUGUGUUUUUGUUUGCCGUCUCUUUCUGCACUGUUGCAUCAUUAGUCUAAUGAUAUUGUGUUUAUUCAAAUGUAUGCAUGCACCCACACGGUCUGCAUAGUAAAGCCACCUGGUGUCUCUAUCCUCUCUCCAUUUUCCACCUCCCUUUCUCAACCCCACCCUUACUCUCUCUCACUACCCUCUUUUUCUACCUUCCUCCAACCCUCCUUCACCCAGUUGUGCGUCUGGGUGUGAGGAACCUCCUGCUCAGCGGUCACACCACCUUCAGCAUGGGGGUAUCCUGGGAGCUGCAGGACAGCAAUGUGCGUCAGUACCGCGUCGCCUAUGUCACCGCCAGGGGCGAUCGUGCCGAGGAGACGGUAAGAUGCAGACCGAGGAGACUUCCUUUCUUCGCUAUUAGUAUGAUUCCCGAUAUCUCCACAGCCUAGCUCUUUACAAUGCUAAUUAAUAUUUAAGAUAAGAGUAUGACUACCCAACAGCCCCCCUAUCACCUAAACCCAUUGCACUGCCAUCUCUCUCUAUCUGUUCUCUCUUUCUCUAUCCCCCCCCCCCCCCCCCCCCCCCCCCACUACAAUAAAACCAGCUCCUCGCUCUUACGUCUUGCUUUUCCUUAGCGAUAAGCUUACAUUUUCUGAAUGGAUUAGUGUUGUAUCGACGCCAGUCAUUCAGCCAGUGUCUCUUGAGAAUGCACUGCUCUUGGUGUCCUUCCAAUGAUUAGAUAUGUAUGUAUGGGAGAAAUUGGGGUUGUAUGGUAGUCUUUAAGCGUUUAUGCCAGAUGCAUAGUGAUAUAGUGUUUAGUCAGAUUCCUUAUCUAUUGAUAUCAGAAUGUUGUAGUCCGCUUUGUAUUUGGAAACUGAUCAGGUGGGAAUGUAGUCGAUAAGUAAUACUUAUCUCUUGUAUAAACCUAUAUAACCAAUGUUACAGCCUCAUUGAAAGAUAACAGUAGAAAACAAUACAAUGCAAUCAUGUCUUCAAAUAUAAUUUCAAUUACAAAACACCAAUUCAUUCCUAGUCCACUGCUUUAGUACAGGAAAACCAGGAAAAGUCACUGAAGCCUUACAUUUAGUUUCUCAAAUCACGGGCAACUUUCAGCACCACAGCCUGAACAGCUCCCAUCCAAACACAGUUCAUUGAAGGCCAGCCCAGCAAUAGGAGCAGUAGAGUGGAACCCCACAGCCCUACUCUGUAGCAAAAUCAAGGGGAUUGAGUUUGCAUUCUUCACAGAUACUUCAUUCCCAACUAGAUUGAACCGGCCAAAUUAUAAAUAGUUUGAGGGAGCACCCGCGUUAUAAAUAAAAUCUAAUUUGGCAACAGCGGUGGCAUUGGGACUCGGCUACUCGGGUCGCACUCCGUCCUGCGGUCCCCCACUUCGAAAAAGCUAGCUGCUAUUUUCAUCACGUUGGCCUGAAAUUGAUUUGUCAAGUUCGCCGCUUGUCAUGGAUGUGGAACUUUUUUGGACAGAGGCGAGGCUAGACCGCACACGCUCGGAAUGCAAACAGGAAUGACAGGAGGAAUGGAGAGUGGAUGAGAGAGAAACAGAGACAGAGAGAAAAAGAGGAUGACUGUGGUGGAGAGAGAGAGAGGGAAGAGGAGGAGGAGUGGCUGCAGUCCAGAAGUGACAGACAUUCUAGGUGAUUCUGAAAUUAGACAGCCUACAUUACGAAGUCACAGUGUUCACAUGUCGAGUUAUGCGUUGCGCCAUACAUUACUCAAUUAACUUCUAUAGCCUAACUCCUGAAAGUUUAAAAGUAUCUUGUUUAACUGUUUUUCCAAUUAAAUUGACUGAUAUCAAUAUCUAGGUAGUCUACACCUUCAUUUCAACUUCAAUGUCUAUUAAUAAUUAAAUAUGUACAAAAAUUGGGGGCAAAAGACAAAAAAAAACAUACUUGUUUACUUUUGUAGCAAAGCAAACUUAGCAUGAUUUGCUUAAUGCUCACUCGCUUCAUGUAGAUUUCUAUGAGUGUUUGCUGUUUGACUUUGCAAUGAAUUGCUGUUUAAAACUACAGAGCCUUGCAAAAGUAAUCAUCCCCCUUGGCGUUUUUCCUAUUUUGUUGCAUUACAACCUGUAAUUUAAAUUGAUUUUUAUUUGGAUUUCAUGUAAUGGACAUACACAAAAUAGUCCAAAUUGGUGAAGUGAAAUGAAAAAAAUUGUUUCAAAACAUUCUAAAAAAUAAAUAACGGAAAGUUGUGCGUGCAUAUGUAUUCACCCCCUUUGCUAUGAAGCCCUUAAAUAAGAUCUGGUGCAACCAAUUACCUUCAGAAGUCACAUAAUUAGUUAAAUAAAGUCCACCUGUGUGCAAUCUAAGUGUCACAUGAUCUGUCACAUGAUCUCAUUAUAUAAACACCUGUUCUGAAAGGCCCCAGAGUCUGCAACACCACUAAGCAAGGGACACCACCAAGCAAGCGGCACCAUGAAGACCAAGGAGCUCUCCAAACAGGUCAGGGACAAAGUUGUGGAGAAGUACAGAUCAGGGUUGGGUUAUAAAAAAAUAUCUGAAACAUUGAACAUCCCAUGGAGCACCAUUAAAUCCAAUUAUAAAAAAAUGGAAAGAAUAUGGCACCACAACAAACAUGCCAAGAGAGGGCCGCCCACCAAAACUCACGGACCAGGCAAGGAGGGCAUUAAUCAGAGAAGCAACAAAGAGACCAAAGAUAACCCUGAAGGAGCUGCAAAGCUCCACAGCAGAGAUUGGAGUAUCUGUCCAUAGGACCACUUUAAGCCGUACACUCCACAGAGCUGGGCUUUACGGAAGAGAGGCCAGAAAAAAGACAUUGCUUAAAGAAAAAAAUAUGCAAACACAUUUGGUGUUCGCCAAAAGGCAUGUGGGAGAUUUCCAAACAUAUGGAAGAAGGUACUCUGGUCAGAUGAGACUAAAAUUGAACUUUUUGGCCAUCAAGGAAAACGCUAUGUCUGGCGCAAACCCAACACCUCUCAACACCCCGAGAACACCAUGGCAGCAUCAUGCUGUGGGGAUGUUUUUCAUCGGCAGGGACUGGGAAACUGGUCAGAAUUGAAGGAAUGAUGGAUGGCGCUAAAUACAAGGACAUUCUUGAGGGAAACCUGUUUCAGUCUUCCAGAGAUUUGAGACUGGGACGGAGGUUCACCUUCCAGCAGGACAAUGACCCUAAGCAUACUGCUAAAGCAACACUCGAGGGGAAACAUUUAAAUGUCUUGGAAUGGCCUAGUCAAAGCCCAGACCUCAAUCCAAUUGAGAAUCUGUGGUAUGACUUAAAGAUUGCUGUACACCAGCGGAACCCAUCCAACUUGAAGGAGCUGGAGCAGUUUUGCCUUGAUGAAUGGGCAAAAAUCCCAGUGGCUAGAUGUGCCAAGCUUAUAGAGACAUACCCCAAGAGAUUUGCAGCUGUAAUUUCUGCAAAAGGUGGCUCUACAAAGUAUUGACUUUGGGGGGGAUGAAUAGUUAUGCACGCUCAAGUUUUCUGUUUUUUUGUCUUAUUUCUUGUUUGUUUUACAAGAAAAACUAUUUUGCAUCUUCAGAGUGGUAGGCAUGUUGUGUAAAUCAAAUGAUACAAACCCCCAAAAAAUCCAUUUUAAUUCCAGGUUGUAAGGCAACAAAAUAUGAAAAAUGCCAAGGGGGGUGAAUACUUUUGCAAGCCACUGUGUAUUCGUGUCAGCUUUUAGAUGUGGAUAUUAAUUAAUCAUUAUUUAAUUAAUGUUUGUUAUGACAUACAGAGAUUCACACUCAACCAGAGCCAAUAUGAUUCAAAUCUAGUUUUCUGCUCAAGUGCAGACCUGACAUGUUCUUAGCUAUUUUUGGGAGGUAUUCUUCUUUGUCAUUCACUGAUCCCCCCCCCCCCCCCCCCCCCCCCCAAAAAAAAAUAUGCCGUCUUGUCAACUCAUAUGGUCAUUGUUUGGCAUGACAAUGACCAAAGGAGUUGUCAUGACAGCACAGACAGGUCUGGUGCAAGGCUACCUACUAGCUGAAUCUGUUCCUCUGAUACAACUCCAGUACAUUUAAUCACCAGUCACAUCAACCCAGCAUGUCCAUUCACCAACCUCCACUCCAGACAAUACCAGAACCUUGUCGUUCUGAUAUCGUGAUUGGCAGCUGUGUGUGUGUGUUCUAGAAAAUGGUCCCCGGUGGUAAGAACAGCCUCCUGCUGCAGCCACUGCUGUCUGACACGGAGUACAAGGUGACCGUCACCCCAGUCUACGCCGACGAAGACGGCCCCGGUGUCAGCCGCAUGGGACGCACCUGUAAGUCUGUCUGCAUGACCUUCUCUCCAUGGUGACGCGGACACUGAGAUAUAUGUCCUGUUCUGUUCGGGACAAUGGAAGCCUCUGUGCUUCUGUAUUCUUCUUUCAGGUGGAAUAUGAACUUAAAAUAUAUACCCUGAGUGUACAAAACAUUAAGAACACCUGCUCUUUCCAUGACAUACAGUGAGGGAAAAAAGUAUUUGAUCCCCAGCUGAUUUUGUAAGUUUGCCCACUGACAAAGACAUGAUCAGCGAGUUGAGUUGAUGCCAAAGAGCUCGAUUUUGGUCUCAUCUGACCACAACACUUUCACCCAGUUCUCCUCUGAAUCAUUCAGAUGUUCAUUGGCAAACUUCAGACGGCCCUGUAUAUGUGCUUUCUUGAGCAAUGGGGACAGGUUAAAGACAGAUUUUUAAGCCUUGAGACAAUUGAGACAUGGAUUGUGUAUGUGUGCCAUUCAGAGGGUGAAUGUGCAAGACAGAAAAUGUAAGUGCCUUUGAACGGGGUAUGGUAGUAGGUGAAUUUGUGCAUUUUUAUUAGGAUCCCCAUUAGCUAAUCUUCCUGGGGUCCAACACCAAUUAAUAAGACAUUACAAACAAUUACAAAUUAAGACUUUACAAACGUUUAACAACUAGACAGUACAGACAAUUAAAAUACCUGACAGGUAACACAUUUAACAUUCAGUUGAUGCUUUCUAUUUCCUGUCAUAUGGUCUAUCGCAUUAGAUGUUCUUUUAUUUUUUUCUUGAAGGUGGAUGUACUUUUUGCAUGACAAAUAUGGAUUGGUAAAGAGUUCCAUUCAGCUAUGGCUCUAUAUAAAACUGUAGAUUUAAGGCGAUUAUUCCUUGGCUUGGGUUGUCUUAGAUGCCCUGAAUUUACCUGUCUGGUUUGGAGCCAGGCGCACCAGUUUGAGUGUGUCAAGAACUGCAAUGCUGAUGGGUUCUUCACGCUCAACAGUUUCCCGUGUGUAUCAAGAAUGGUCCACCACCCAAAGGACGUCAAGCCAACUUGACACAACUGUGGGACGCAUUGGAGUCAACAUGGGCCAGCAUCCCUGUAGAAUGCUUUCGGGGGGGAGGUUGCAACUCAAUAUUAGGAACGUGUUCCUAAUGUUUGGUAUACUCAGUGUAUAAUGAAGUACUCACUCACUCUUGAUAAACCCAGGUAAAACUGGGCAAACCUUGUUGAAUGGUUGUAAUGACGUCAUUUCAACCACUGUUGCCCAUUGGGAAUGAAUGAGUUAGUUAGUUAGUCCAUGAACCCUCACCGUAGGUGAGAUAUCCAUACUCUGUAUAUCAUUGACACAUACUGAAUAAUCCAAUGGAAGCUCUUUACCUCUACAUUAUAGAGCUCUCAUUGGCUUAAAUCAGCUAUUGAUUGACAGGAGAUGGUAAUCCCGCCCCUGGUGUUUGUCAGAGCUGAAAGGACCCACAUCAUUACCAGACAUUUUUUAAUGGAAUUCACAUUUGCAUUCUUCAUCUUCCUCAAAUGCUUACAUGAGUAGUUGCUGAUUAUUUUCCCUGCUCUGAAAACGACAGUCCCUGGACACCACUUUGAAAUGUAUUGCCCCCUUUAAGAAUGAAAAAUGAGGCAAUCCCUCAAACAACACGUCACAUUGGAUGUGUGUGUGUGUGUGUGUGUGAAUGAUUUGUAUUGAAUGGAACAGGUCUGGAGAAGUAACGCUAACACUACUGAAUACAGUUGUAAUUCAGUCCAACGCUGUGAGUCUGUGACUCACAGUUAGUCAACUAAAAGCCCAUCAGACAUGUAUCGUGUUUAAUUUAAGAACCCAAUGUGCUUCUCUUUUUAGGACAGGAGACUUAGAGACUCAUAUGUACAGUGCCUUGCAAAAGUAAUCAUCCUCCUUGGUGUUUUUCCUAUUUUGUUGCAUUACAACCUGUAAUUUAAAUGGAUUUUUAUUUGGAUUUCAUGUAAUGGACACACACAAAAUAGUCCAAAUUGGUGAAGUGAAAUGAAACAAAUAACUUGUUAAAAAAAAAUCUAAAAAAUAAAUAACGGAAAAGUGGUGCAUGCAUAUGUAUUCACCCCCUUUGCUAUGAAGCCCCUAAAUAAGAUCUGGUGAAACCAAUUACCUUCAGAAGUCACAUAAUUAGUUAAAUAAAGUCCACCUGAGUGCAAUCUAAGUGUCACAUGAUCUGUCACAUGAUCUCAGUAUAUAUACACCUGUUCUGAAAGGCCCCAGAGUCUGCAACACCACUAAGCAAGGGGCACCACCAAGCAAGCGGCACCAUGAAGACCAAGGAGCUCUCCAAACAGGUCAGAGACAAAGUUGUGGAGAAGUACAGAUCAGGGUUGGGUUAUAAAAAAAUAUCCAAAACAUUGAACAUCCCACGGAGCACCAUUAAAUCCAUUAUUUAAACAUUUUAAAGAAUAUGGCACCACAACAAACAUGCCAAGAGAGGGCCGCCCACCAAAACUCACAGACCAGGCAAGGAGGGCAUUAAUCAGCGAAGCAACAAAGAGACCAAAGAUAACCCUGAAGGAGCUGCAAAGCUCCACCGCGGAGAUCGGAGUAUCUGUCCACAGAGCUGGGCUUUACGGAAGAGUGGCCAGAAAAAAGACAUUGCUUAAAGAAAAAAAUAAGCAAACACAUUUGGUGUUAGCCAAAAGGCAUGUGGGAGACUCCCCAAACAUAUGGAAGAAGGUACUCUGGUCAGAUGAGACUAAAAUUGAGCAUUUUGGCCAUCAAGGAAAACGCUAUGUCUGGCGCAAACCCAACACCUCUCAACACCCCGAGAACACCAUCCUGAUGAAUGAAAAACAUCCCCACAGCAUAAUGCUGCCACCACCAUGCUUCACUGUGGGGAUGUUUUUCAUCAGCAGGGACUGGGAAGCUGGUCAGAAUUGAAUGAUGGAUGGCGCUAAAUACAGGGAAAUUCUUGAGGGAAACCUGUUUCAGUCUUCCAGAGAUUUGAGACUGGGACGGAGGUUCACCUUCCAGCAUACUGCUAAAGCAAUACUCGAGUGGUUUAAGGGGAAACAUUUAAAUGUCUUGGAAUGGCCUAGUCAAAGCCCAGACCUCAAUCCAAUUGAGAAUCUGUGGUAUGACUUAAAGAUUGCUGUACACCAGCGGAACCCAUCCAACUUGAAGGAGCUGGAGCAGUUUUGCCUUGAUGAAUGGGCAAAAAUCCCAGUGGCUAGAUGUGCCAAGCUUAUAGAGACAUACCCCAAGAGACUUGCAUCUGUAAUUUCUGCAAAAGGUGGCUCUACAAAGUAUUGACUUUGGGGGGGGGGGUGAACAGUUUUCUGUUUUCUUGUCUUAUUUCUUGAUUGUUUCACAAGAAAAACUAUUUUGCAUCUUCAAAGUGGUAGGCAUGUUGUGUAAAUCAAAUGAUACAAACCCCCAAAAAAUCCAUUUUAAUUCCAGGUUGUAAGGCAACAAAAUAGGAAAAAUGCCAAGGGGGGUGAAUACUUUCGCAAGCCACUGUAUGCAGAGUAUCUCAUCUACAAUUGAUUACUGUACUUGAUGAAAAUGUACCUUAUUUCUGAGUGAGUUAUGUUCUCUCACUCUGUCCACCGCUCACUCACUCUAUCUCUCUCUCUCUCUCUCUCUCUCUCCCUCUAACUUUCUGUCUGUCUGUCUGUCCUUCUCUCUUUCUCUUUCCCUCUAACUGUCAUUAUGUCUAUCUGUCUCAUGUCUCCAUACUUAUUUCCCCUCUAUCUUCUCUUCUUUCAUUCUCUCUUUCCCUUGCUCUUUCAUUCUUCCUGCAGUGCCACUGUCUGCUCCUAGGAACCUGAGAGUGUCAGAGGAAUGGUACAACCGCUUCCGUAUCACCUGGGACACGCCCCCAUCCCCCACUAUGGGCUACAGGGUAGUCUACAAACCCAUCUCUGGUAUAUACUCAUGCAUUCAUGCCCACACUCACACACACACACAAAAGCACACAAACACACACACAGUACUGCUUAUUUCUAAGAUAUCCCAGAUAUUUCUAAAGAUAUGUCUCCCGAGUGGCGCAGUGGUCUAAGGCACUGCAUCGCAGUGUUAACUGUGCCACCAGAGAUCCUGGUUCGAAUCCAGGCUCUGUCGCAGCCGGCCGCGACCGGGAGACUCAUGGGCGGCGCACAAUUGGCCCAGCGUCGUCCAGGGUAGGGGAGGGAAUGGCCGGCAGGGAUGUAGCUCAGUUGAUAGAGCAUGGUGUUUGCAACGCCAGGGUUGUGGGUUUGAUUCCCACGGGGGGCCAGUAUAAAAAAAUAAAAAAUAAAUAAAAAAAAAACUAACUAACUGUAAGUCGCUCUGGAUAAGAGCGUCUGCUAAAUGACUUAAAUGUAAAAAUGUAAAUGUAAAUGUAAAUCCCGUCUUACCCACAUAAACCCUACAACACACAUCAAUACUGCUUAUUAAAAAUAUCUGUCAUACAGCCCAUCUACAGAGGGGAGUGUGUAUGGCCCAGUACAUCACUGGGGCCAAGCUUCCUGCCAUCCAGGACCUCUACAGUGUGGGAAAAAAGUAUUUGAUCCCCUGCUAAUUUUGUAUGUUUGCCCACUGACAAAGAAAUUAUCAGUCUAUAAUUUUAAUGGUAGGUUUAUUUGAACAGUGAGAGACAGAAUAACAACAAAAAAAUCCAGAAAAACGCAUGUCAAAAAUGUUAUAAAUUGAUUUGCAUUUUAAUGAGGGAAAUAAGUAUUUGACCCCCUCUCAAUCAGAAAGAUUUCUGGCUCCCAGGUGUCUUUUAUACAGGUAACGAGCUGAGAUUAGGAGCACACUCUUAAAGGGAGUGCUCCUAAUCUCAGCUUGUUACCUGUAUAAAAGACACCUGUCCACAGAAGCAAUCAAUCAAUCAGAUUCCAAACUCUCCACCAUGGCCAAGACCAAAGAGCUCUCCAAGGAUGUCAGGGACAAGAUUGCAGACCUACACAAGGCUGGAAUGGGCUACAAGACCAUCGCCAAGCAGCUUGGUGAGAAGGUGACAACAGUUGGUGCGAUUAUUCACAAAUGGAAGAAACACAAAAUAACUGUCAAUCUCCCUCGGCCUGGGGCUCCAUGCAAGAUCUCACCUCGUGGAGUUGCAAUGAUCAUGAGAACGGUGAGGAAUCAGCCCUGAACUACACGGGAGGAUCUUGUCAAUGAUCUCAAGGCAACUGGGACCAUAGUCACCAAGAAAACAAUUGGUAACACACUACGCUGUGAAGGACGAGCAAGGUCCCCCUGCUCAAGAAAGCACAUAUACAGGCCCGUCUGAAGUUUGCGAAUGAACAUCUGAAUGAUUCAGAGGAGAACUGGGUGAAAGUGUUGUGGUCAGAUGAGACCAAAAUGGAGCUCUUUGGCAUCAACUCAACUCGCCGUGUUUGGAGGAGGAGGAAUGCUGCCUAUGACCCCAAGAACACCAUCCCCACCGUCAAACAUGGAGGUGGAAACAUUAUGCUUUGGGGGUGUUUUUCUGCUAAGGGGACAGGACAACUUCACCGCAUCAAAGGGACGAUGGACGGGGCCAUGUACCGUCAAAUCUUGGGUGAGAACCUCCAUCCCUCAGCCAGGUCAUUGAAAAUGGGUCGUGGAUGGGUAUUCCAGCAUGACAAUGACCCAAAACACACGGCCAAGGCAACAAGGAGUGACUCAAAAAUAAGCACAUUAAGGUCCUGGAGUGGCCUAGCCAGUCUCCAGACCUUAAUCCCAUAGAACAUCUGUGGAGGGAGCUGAAGGUUCGAGUUGCCAAACGUCAGCCUCGAAACCUUAAUGACUUGGAGAAGAUCUGCAAAGAGGAGUGGGACAAAAUCCCUCCUGAGAUGUGUGCAAACCUGGUGGCCAACUACAAGAAACGUCUGACCUCUGUGAUUGCCAACAAGGGUUUUGCCACCAAGUACUAAGUCAUGUUUUGCAGAGGGGUCAAAAACGUAUUUCCCUCAUUAAAAUACAAAUCAAUUUAUAAAAAAUGUUACAUGCGUUUUUCUGGAUUUUUUUGUUGUUAUUCUGUCUCUCACUGUUCAAAUAAACCUACCAUUAAAAUUAUAGACUGAUCAUGUCUUUGUCAGUGGGCAAACGUACAAAAUCAGCAGGGGAUCAAAUACUUAAUUCCCUCACUGUAUACCAGGCGGUGUCAGAGGAAGGCCCUAAAAAUUGUCAAAGACUCCAGCCACCCUAGUCAUAGACUGUUCUCUCUGCUACCGCACGGCAAGCGGUACCGGAGCGCCAAAUUUAGGUCCAAGAGGCUUCUAAACAGCUUCUAUCCCAAAGCCAUAAUACUCCUGAACAUCUAAUAAAAUGGCUACCCAGACUAUUUGCAUUGCCCCAUAUUACCUCAAUUACCUCGACUAACCGGUGCCCCCGCACAUUGACUCAGUACCGGUACCCUCUUUUUUCUUUCUUUUUGAAUGUUUUAUCUUUUUAUUUAUACUUUUUGUUUUAUAUUUUGUAUUAUUUUUAUUUCUUUAUUUGUUGUAUUAUUCUUUUUUUAUUAUUAUUAAUCUUCAAUUUUUUUUUGUAUUCUUUUUCUUAAAACUGCAUUCUUGGUUAAGGGCUUGUAAGUAAGCAUUUCACUGUAAGGUCUACACCUGUUGUAUUCGUCGCAUGUGACAAAUAAAAUGUGAUUUGAUUUGAUCUCUUCCACCUGAUGCUUUACUACUACGACUACUACUACUACUACUACUACUACUACUACUGUUACUAUUACUACAUUUACAUUUUAGUCAUUUAGCAGACGCUCAUAUCCAGAGUGACUUACAGUUAGUGAGUGCGUAACUUUUCAUAUAUAUAUAUAUUUUUUUUACUACUACUUCUAUUACUACUACUAGUACUAUUGCUACUAUUACUCUUAUUCUUACUACUACUAGUGCUACUACUGCUACUACUACGACGACGACGACGACGACUACUACUGCUACUACUGCUACUACUACUACUGCUACUACUGCUACUACUACUACAGGGAUGUAGCUCAGUUGGUAGAGCAUGGCAUUUGCAGCGCCAGGGUUGUGGGUUCGAUUCCAGUAUAAAAAAUUUUUAAAUGUAUGCACUCACUAACUGUAAGUCGCUCUGGAUAAGAGCGUCUGCUAAAUGACUAAAAUGUAAAUGUACUACUACCAGUACUACUACUGCUACUACUUCUACUGCUACUACUGCUACUACGACUGCUGCUGCUACUACUAUUAUUACUACUACUACUACUACUACUACUACUACUACUAGGGCCCCGUGUAGCUCAGUUGGUAGAGCAUGGUGUUUGCAACGCCAGGGUUGUGGGUUCGAUUCCGACGGGGGCCCAGUAUGAAAAAAUGUAUGCACUCACUAACUGUAAGUCGCUCUGGAUAAGAGCGUCUGCUAAAUGACUAAAAUGUAAAAUGUACUACUACUACUACUACUACUACUACACACGGUGGAAAAGUGCAUGAAUCCUCAUUCAAUAUAUUGUGUUAACUACAAAGGAUAAUCUUCUGGUCCACCUCCUACACUUGUGAUCCCACUCACAUGUGAUCUGGUCAGUUCAUCACCUUCUAAGCACUAAAUGCUUAUUAACAGAGAAAUGCCUACUGUCCUAUUGAUAGGAUGCCCACUGGGCCCUCCGGUAGAGAGCAAAACCGCAUUGACACAAAACUUUCCACACAAUGAUGUCUAAAGCUGUUUUCUGACUGACAACCCACUACACUCAACUCCACUUCACCCUUAAUACAAUGCAGUAUUCAUGAAAUUCGAGCAAUCACGGACAGCUGCAAAAAAAAUCAAUAAGGUCUUAAAUGCUCCUUAGGCGAGAGUAGCCUACGAGUUCUGUAAGCACUGUGCUGUAGUAUGUGUGGUGGUGAAUGUGAGCGCUCUCUCACACACACACACACAUACACACACCCCUCUCUUCUCCACAUCUCCAGGACCUGCUCUGGAGACCUUUGUGGGCGAGGACGUGAACACCAUGCUGAUCCUGAACCUGAUGAGCGGUACUGAGUACGGCGUCAGGGUUAUCGCCUCCUACACUACCGGCUCCAGCGAGGCCCUCACCGGCAAGGCCAGGACAUGUGAGUAGAUUAUCAGCAGCCCCAGGUAGAAUGGGACUCGAGAAUGGAUACUUUGCAUAAUAAACAGUUAAUUAAUUGAUUAUUCAACUUAUUUAACUUAUUCAACACAGUGCCUCCAGGUAGAACAGGACUCCAGAAUGGACACUGUGUAUACUGUAACUGCAUAAUUACUUACUUAUCCUCUUCGUGCCUACAGGCACAUAACAAACUUUUAUACUAAACAGUUUAAUACUUACUACAAGAUUUUUGGUCACAUUGAUCGCUCAUCAGAAACAAGACACUUUACAUAAAAUAUAGACAUUUUUAGAUGUUAUACCUCUUUUGUUUCCAUGCCAAUGUAAGGUUGAGUUAGAUCCCUCUCUACAUUUACAUCAUUUAUCCAGAGCGAUUAGGGUUCAGUGCCUUACUCAAGGGCACGUCAACAAAUGUUUCACCUAGUUGGCUCAGGGAUUCGAAGCAACCUUUCAGUUACUGGCCCAAAGCUCCUAACCUCUAGGUCACCUGCCGCCUCCUGUAGGUCAACUGGAACUAUCUGAGUCAGUGUGAAUUAUUGAGUAGCACAGCUUCACUCCAUCGGAGACUGAAGACGCCACAAUGAUAUCAAGUGGCCAGGCAGGCGUGCCUAAUGUAGUACCAGUGUCAGCGACUCAGCACUGUAACGGAGAUCAUUGUCUUAUUAGGGCUGGCAGCUCCCAGAUAAUCAGAUUGUAGUGGGGAGUGGAGACUAGAGACUCUCAUUCGUUUGCAUGACUAUGAUAUCACCUUGUGCAUAAUAAUUAAGCAAAGCAUGCUUGGGUAGCGCGUGUUUUGAAGGGCAUAGAUAGCGAUAUAGCCAUCAGGAUAGGGGUGUCUCUUGGGUGGAGUUUGAUGCCUGACUCUGACAUACAGUGAGCAUGUUAAAGAACACUGCACUAUAAUAAGAGAAAAUGUCAUGUUCAAGAUCUCCUUGUCUUACAGUUAUUUUUUAGUAUAGUUGUGUUGUGAAAGUUAAUGAAUGGUUAUAUUUUAUGUUAUGUAUUAUGGAACGCAGUCUACCUUAAACAUUAUUAAUUUAUUCAUAUGCGUUGUGAAAUGUGCAUGUUCCAAGAUAUGUAGAUGAGAUUAUUUACCAAACAGUUGUGGGUAAAUUUGUUUUUGUGACUCUCAAUACAAAACAUGGACAUAAUUUACUCCGAACUCCCCAAAACAAAUGUUUAUUUCCAAAACGCUAUAUCCACCAAUUUUUCACAUUUGUGUUUUUUCAUCAGAAAUGAUUACUUAUGGGUACUUUCAUGUGUGUGUAAAAUAUUACUGUUCUCAGAUUUUUUAUUCAUAUAUUUUUGAUGUGUAGUACAAUUAUUUAAUUUUAAUCUUUUGAUAUAUAUUUUUGCAAAACGCUAUAUAUCCAUUGUUUAGCUGGAUGGAAUGUUAGUGUCCUGUAUAUUUGACUGUGAUAUGUGGUUGUCUCACUUAGCUACCUUAAGAUGAAUGCACUUACUGUAAAUCGCUCUGGAUUAGAGCAUCUGCUAAAUGACUAAAAUGUCAAAUGUAAAUGUUUUACAUACAGAUCUCAUAUUACUGUAUUGAAUUAUUAUUAUUUGUUUAAAAUUUAAAUGUUGAUGUCACAAAUGUAUCAUUUGUACAUUUCUUAGUUAAAAAUGUAGUUAUGCCUCCCGAGUGGCGCACCGGUCUAAGGCACUGCAUCGCAGUGCUUGAGGUGUCACUACAGACCCGGGUUUGAUCCCGGGCUGUGUCGCAGCCAGCCGUGACCGGGCGACCAAUGAGGUGGUGCACAAUUGACCUAGCGUUAGGGGUUAGGGGAGGGUUUGGCCGACCGGGAUGUCCUUGUCCCAUCGCGCUCUAGCGACUCCUGUGGCAGGCCGGGCACAUGCACGCUGACAUGGUCGCCAGUUGUUCGGUGUUGUACUGGCUUUCGGGCUAAGCGAGCAGUGUGUCAAGAAGCAGUGCGGCUUGGCAGGGUCGUGUUUUGGAGGACGCAUGCCUCUCGACCUUCACCUCUCCCGAGUCCAUACGGGAGUUGCAGCGAUGGGACAAGACUGUAACUACCAAUUGGAUAUCACAAAAUCGGGGAGAAAAAGGGGGUAAAAAUACAUCAUUAUUUGUCUCUGAAAUGAAACCAUCAAGUGAUAGAUUUUAAACAAAUACAUGUCUGUCAAUGAACAACCCCCUGCCAUGAUUAGAUAGUGAAAAAACACACCAAUCUUUUUCUAAAUGUAAAAAAAUAAAAAAUAAACCUAAUUUACCAAAAUGUCUGAAAAUGGAUAAUAAGCGUUUUGGAAUGAAACUCUUCAAAUGUACAGUAUGUCCCGUUGAAAUAUUCAAACCCAUAGCAGCGCGCAAGAAUGAGAUUAAGAAAUGCAUGCAUACAUUUACAAUGCAUUCGGAAAGUAUUCAGACCCCUUCACUUUUUCCACAUUUUGUUACGUUAGAGCCUUAUUCAAAAAAUUAUUUUUUUUAUAACUCUCAUCAAUCUAAACACAAUACCUCAUAAUGACAAAGUGAAAACAGGUUGUUAGAAAUUUUUGCAAAUGUAUUAAAAAUAAAAAACAAAAACCUUAUUUACAUAAUUAUUCAGACCCUUGCUAUGAGACUCGAAAUUGAGCUCAGGUGUAUGCUGUUUCCAUUGAUCAUCCUUGAGAUGUUUCAACAACUUGGAGUCCACCUGUGGUAAAUUCAAUUGAUUGGACAUGAUUUGGAAAGGCACACACCUGUCUAUAUAAGGUCUCACAGUUGACAGUGCAUGUCAGAGCAAAAACCAAGCCAUGAGGUCGAAGGAAUUGUCCUUAAAGUUCAAGACAGGAUUGUGUCGAGGCACAGAUCUGGGGAAGGGUACCAAAAAAAUUAUCCAGCAUUGAAGGUCCCCAAGAACACAGUGGCCUUCAUUGUUCUUAAAUGGAAGAAGUUUGGAACCACCAAGACUCUUCCUAGAGUUGGCCGCCCGGCCAAACUGAGAAAUUGGGGGAGAAGGGCCUUGGUCAGGGAGGUGACCAAGAACCCGAUGGUCACUUUGACAGAGCUCCAGAGCUCCUCUGUGGAGAUGGGAGAACCUUCCAGAAGGACAACCAUCUCUGCAGCACUCCACCAAUCAGGCCUUUAUGGUAGAAUGGCCAGACGGAAGCCACUCCUCAGUAAAAGGGACAUAACAGCUCGCUUGGAGUUUGCCAAAAGGCACCUAAAGAACAAGAUUCUCUGGUCUGAUGAAACCAAGAUUGAACUCUUUGGCCUGAAUGCCAAGCGUCACGUCUGGAGGAAACCUGGCACCAUCCCUCCAGUGAAUCAUGGUGGUGGCAACAUCAUGCUGUGGGUAUGUUUUUCAGCAGCAGGGACUGGGAGACUAGUCAGGAUCGAGGGAAAGAUGAACGGAGCAAAGUACAGAGAGUUCCUUGAUGAAAACCUGCUCCAGAGUGCUCAGGACCUCAGACUGGGGGCAAAGGUUCACCUUCCAACAGGACAACGACCCUAAGCACACAGCCAAGACAAUGCAGGAGUGGCUUCGGGACAAGUUUCUGAAUGUCCUUGAGUGGCCCAGCCAGAGCCCGGACUUGAACCCGAUCGAACAUCUCUGGAGAGACCUGAAAAUAGCUGUGCAGCGACGCUCCCCAUCCAACCUGACAGAGCUUAAGAGGAUCUGCAGAGAAGAAUGAGAGAAACUCCCCAAAUACAGGUGUGCCAAGCUUGUAGCGUCAUACCCAAGAAGACUCAAGGCUAUAAUCGCUGCCAAAGGUGCUUCAACAAAGUACUGUGUAAAGGGUCUGAAUACUUAUGUAAAUGUGAUAUUUCCAUUUUUUUAUGUUUUAUACAUUUGCAGAAAAUUCUUAAAACCUCUUUUUGCUUUGUCAUUAUGGGGUAUUGUGUGUAUAUUGAUGAGGGGAAAAAACAAUAUAAAUCAUUUUAGAAUAAGGCUGUAACGUAACAAAAAAUGGAAAAAGUCAAGGGGUCUGAAUACUUUCCGAAUGCACUGUACAUAAAUGGAUUUGUACUGUUGAUCGUUAGGAGUAAGAUACGGCACCAUAUUUCAACUCCCCAAAUAACUUUUGCGGCAUGAAAAAUGAAUGCAUGGGUUAGGGAAGAGUCCAUAUGUUUAGAGUCCAACCCAAAUGGAGACAUAUGCUGUGUGGCGAUAGAUGUACUGCCUGUCUGCUCAUUAUCGUUAAGGAUAUGCAGGGCUCGUGCUAUUUCAUUUUACCACUGGUGUUUUUACCGUCACUACUUUGGUUAAAGUCAUGAUGACAAGAUUACAAUCCACUAUAUUGCAGUAUAGCAUUACAAUCUACUGAAUACUGAUCCAUAGACAUGCUUUUUAGUCUUAGGCCUAUGGUGGAUCUGCCACAUGCAGGACAACAACAAAGGAGUUGGCUCAAGCAGAAGCAGAUCUGGCAUCCAUGCUCACACUAUGUAUCUCCUUCAGAGGAGUGAUAUGGUUUCCAGUGUGAUGUGGUGGAUCUAUUACAGUAAUAAUGUGCCUGUCUCUCUCUGUCACAGUGUACCUGGGAGUGACCAAUCUGAACACCUACCAGGUGAAGAUGACCAGCAUGUGUGCCCAGUGGGUUGCCCACCACCACGCCACUCUGUACCGUGUGGUCAUUGAGUCACUGCUCAGUGAGUACCCAGCACCACACAAACAUACACUCUUAUCAACUUGCCCUGUGCCUUUUGAACCAACAACAGUUUUUUUAAAGUAUUGAGCUUACUAAAAGCAAGUAAUUUGUCAUGGCAGCACAAUAUCCAAACCCUCUCCUUGACAGUAUGUCUUUACAGCUGUGUGCAGACUUACACUGUACAGUACAUUAUAUGCAACCAAAUCCACAUUGGUAUUCCCACACACUGACACAGAGCCACUCUAGUGGAAGGAGGUGAUUUCCAUGCGGCCACACGUCUCCAUGUGGAUAAGGCUGUCAGCUCCCCCCUAAAAUCCACGUGAACCCGGUCAGAAAUUAUGCUCCUGGCAGGGAAUCUCGGUCGGGACACGGAAGCCUGCAGGGAGGAGGAUUCACUUGUAAUCCUGACAGGGAUUUCACACGUCCCCAACAGAACUGAAUAAGGAACUGGAGGAUAGUCAUUUGUAACAAUAUUCAAAUGCUACGAUAUACCAUGUGAUAUGAUGCUAUAUUAUAUACAGGAUAAAGCAUAAGAUAAAACAUCAGUAGGACAGACUGUACAGGUUUGGUACAGGGGGUUAGUAUUUGGGGUUAGAGUUUUGGUUUAGAAUCAUAUAAAAUAGGCCUACAAGGCUUUUUAAAAGGCAAGCUGAAUUGACAUUUACAUAUCCUAUAGUUCAAAAAGUCAACGAUGGCUAGCCAAGUGUGAGUUGGGACAAGAUAUACUUGUUAUGCGGAUGACCGUAAUUGCACCUCAUUGCAUCUUUUUGAAAAAGUUAGGAUGAGAAAGAAAAACAAUUGGGUUUCUUGUUCAACGUGCUCUGACAUUGAGUUCCAGACACUUCUGUUCCAGCUUGUAGUUAACAAGAUACUGAAUUUGCAUCAAAGCAGCACAUUAUUAGGCAAACAAUUAUAUUUAGGAAAAUAUUCUAGGCGCCUUUUACCUUCUAAGUCAUAAUUAUUACUUCACAGACGUGAGACUUCCAACCAACUGUCAGUGUGGGUGGGUGUCUGGAAGUUAAAUUAAACCUGAUGUCAAAGUGAGAGUUUGCUACUCAGUCAGUGCGUAGUCCUAAAUAGAUAUUUAAAGUUUAUGAGAAGUUUUAAUGCCCUCAAAGUGGUCUAAAGUUGCACUGAGACCAUAUUGUAUGCCAUUCCAUAUGAUUAUACGAAAUAAGUCCGGAAUUAAUGAGAUAACCUGGCAUUAAUCUAAUUCUAGCCAAUUAAUGACAUUCAAUUAACAAUUUCUCCUAAUAUACAGUUAGCAUAUAGCGGGAUUUAUGCAACAGAUGGCAUGGAAUAUUUCAGUUAUAGAACAUUUAAAAUAUCAAUAUCAUAUUAAUGCUGUGUCGAUCCCAAUAUGAGUAUCAUCUGCCAAAUAGGAAAAUAAUGUGAGAAAUUCAUCAAGUUUAACACUAAGACCCAAACUUCAUUAUAUGCAAUUUCGCAGCAUUACCUUUGGGAGCUCCUGAAAUAUUAGAUCUAUCAGCCGGCAUUAGGCCCAAAUUAGGAUUUAUGAUGUCUAGAUAAAUAUAUAAUUACCCAAAGAAAAUACCACAUCGGUGUAUGUGGGAAAAUGGGUUGCCAGAUAUUUGAAUAAGCACCACAGUUUGUGUAAGAGGCACAGGUCUUGAUACAUGUUUAAGACACAGCUUUAGUAUGUUCAAUAAGUGCUAAUACUGUGUGCAUAUUCAGCUUUGUCCUUUUUGAUGUCUUAAUACAGUGGUAGACACAGUAGUCAUUGGAAAUGACUAUAGGAUGUGUUUGAAAUGAGGCUGUUACUUUGUCAGAAUCUCCCCACCUCCAAAUUCUAUGUAUUAGGCAGCUGCAUUGUCAGUGAUUACAAAAUAUGUCAACUGUACCCUGGUAUCAUCUGUCAUUAUGGCUGCCAUAAUACUAGUCCUCCAAUUCAGAAGAUGCUUGACUUGUGUCACUUGCUCAGAUAUUGAUAUUCACUUGAUGCUUAAAGGGAUACUUCGGGAUUUUGGCAAUGAGGCCCUUUAUCUACUUCCCUAGAGACAGCUGAACUAGUGGACACAAUUAGUAUGUCUCUGUGUCCAGUAUGAGGGAAGUUAGAGGUAGUUUGACUGGAAAUCUAUGGGUAUCUAUUAGCUUGCUUCGCUUCCCCAUAGACUGCCAGGCAUUUUCGUUAACGCUAGUUAGCAUUGGCUCGCGAAACUACCUCUAACUUCCUUCAUACUGGAGACAGAGACAUACAAAUUGUAUCCACGAGUUCAUCUGUCUCUGGGGAAGUAGAUAAAGGGCCUCAUUGCCAAAAUCCCAACGUAUCCCUUAAAGAAAUAGACCCAAACCCUGGAAGAGAGGUUGUACAAUAGAAUGUGGACAUCUUAGUAUUGGAAUUCAUUACAUACAUUUCUAUGGUGAACAUGCUCCUGCUGAUGACAGCAGCAUUGAUUGUGAUGGUAACCAGUGGUAAACUAUAUAUGUGAUGGUGAUUCUGUCUUCAUUUUAGAUGGAUAUAAGCAGGAGGCAAGGCUGGGAGGAGGAGCCACCCGGCACUGCUUCAAUGACCUGACAGCUAACACGCAGUACAAGAUCAGUGUGUACGCCCAACUCCAGGACACAGAGGGACCUGCAGUCACCACCACAGAGAAGACCUGUAGGUGUCCUCCUCAACAACUGCUUAGUAUACACUCUACGACAGCCCUACAACCGACUUGCUACUAUUCUCAGAAAGGUUUCUUACAAUAUUGUGACAAUGUUGUGACAACGUCACCAGUGAGAAGACCUGUCAGUGUCCCCCGGCCUCAACAUUGUAGCUUAGGGGUUGGCAACAGGCAGCUCGCGGGCCAUAACCAGCCCCCAAGUUAUUUAUUUUGCCCCCCCAAAGUUUUUAGUAAAAAAUAAAUAAAAGACUGUAAAAUCACCAGCUAAAAAUGUGUUUAAUUUAGGAAAUCUGUUCCUAAGUAUUCCCACAAAUAAAAAAUAGACUUAUGUGAUCAUGUGUCAAUGUAAUCAAACUAUGAAAUGAUUGUUAUUUUGAAAUACAAUCUCUUUUUAGGCUUAGUUGUGGUCAAUUUGCAGUGUACAAGUUAUUAUAAUUAUGUUCCCUGCACCCCGACCAUGAAUCUAGUUACCUACCCCUGGUCUCGCUGCUUAGUAUUCUUUACUCUACAUGCAACAUACAGUCCUACUACAACCGACUCGCUGCAUACUAUUCUCACAGCAUUAUUACAACAUUGUCACAAUGUUGUGACAACAUUAGUUACAACAUCAGUCCACAGGGAGCUGAUAAGAAACCUAAGAACAAUUUACACAUUUCUCAACAUGGACACAACACUGAGAACAUACUUGUACGAAAAAUGAUUCGCUCUAGACUGUAGCAACAUUCUUACAAUGUUAUCCAAACCAAACAUACAGCCACAUGACUUACAGACAAUCACAACAUUUUCACAACAUUAUUAGCCUCCUGGGAGGGAAUGCCUCCCUUAGGAGUGAAUCGUGAUUGGGUCUGUGGCCAACUCACAACAGUAAUUAAGGCACUCUCUCUAACCCACCAGGCAUUUGUUUGCAUUGAGUUGAUUUACGUCGAGUUUAGACACUGUUUUAAAGUUUUGUUUUGAUACAGAUUACAGCUAAAGGCCUUUUUAAAUUGCCCUGUGUUUCUCCAGGCUGCCAUCAAAAAUAAUUCCCAGUUUCACGUAGCUGAAUUACUACGGCGGUAAAGUCUACGGUAUAAUUCAUUUCAAUUUGACUGCCGCUGUUGGUAGGGAUCAAGCUAGCAAAUUAUAUGGGUAACUUAAUCAUAAACUCGGCAUGCUGCUAAGCAUAAGCUACCAUCUCGGAUUUACUCUCUAAAUUCCUUCUGAUUCUUCUAUCAUCCGACUGAUUAUAUAUAUUAUGUUUGAUGGUUUUAUCAAUGUGGUAUCUUCUGUGUGAAGCCAUUUUUUAACUGUAAAUGAAAGCCUCACCAAGCAUGUUUGUCAGGUGAGGUGACAUAGACAUGUAAUAAGGAUGUUAUAAUGCUUUGUGUGUGUCUUAUGUCCUUGCUUUCAUGCAGUCCCUGUUCCCACCCCGGCACCCACCAGGCCACCCACUACAACCCCUCCUCCCACUGUACCCUCAGCCAAGGAAGGUAAGGCAAAAGGCCUGUUGUAAACAAAUACCUGUGGGUCCUAUAGUGGUGCGAUCGUCUAAUAAGAGGGUAUUUCCACUCCAUUCCUAUCACUAGCACAGAGAGGCUGCUUCCUACAUACAGACUUGAAAAUCACUGGCCACUUUAAUAAAUGGAACACUAGUCACUUUAAUAAUGCCACUUUAAUAAUGUUUUCCCUAGUAAUAUCUUGGGUGGGCUGCUGGAGAGAAAUACUUUAGGUCUGAAUUGUGUUUAGUAAGCUAUAGUGCUUUUGGCUUGGUCUCAAAGCACUUCAUGUACCUUUAUGAGGUAAAGGGAACUCAGACUGUCCACCACCACUGUGAACAUCUACCUGGGUGAUGUAUGGUAGCUAUUUUGCGCCCGAAUGCUCACAAGUCACCACCCAUCAGUGAACAGAUACUGUAGCGAUAUCCCCUAUGGUAGAUUAUCUACACAUGUAUUUGAGUGCAACUCACUUUGAGUGGCAUUAACCUUAACAUAAUUUUGUUUGGUGCUCAAGGAAAUUCAAAGGGCUUUGGCUACCAGGCAAUGCCCCCAGUUGAAUAACUAGCACUAGCGCAGUCAAGACUAAAGAUAUUAAAGGUAAACCGGAGAGCCCUCAGAACAGGCAGUUACCAUGGAAAUCACUCUGUCAAGUUGCUAGGUCAAUUUUCAACCGGUCCCUGACUGACAUUCAAACCUCAAAUGACUCCUGACACAAAUUUGUGAAUCUAAUACAAGUUCAUAUACGCAGUGUCUAUUGAGUACAGAUGUCUGAAAUGAUAGUAAAGCUGUUUAAUGUGCUUUUGGGAUAAUCACAAAUCUUUUCAGACUUCCAAAAAUUGUCCCAUUAUGAGCUUUUGAGUCUGAUAUAAUACUGUAAGCCGGAACUUGUGUUACAGUCUUGUAUCUUGAGUUUCAAGUCAGAAUAUUUCGUAGUUUACAAUUCUGAAGAUAUAACGUGUAGAAAAUAAGUAUACGUUUAACUUUAUUUGCUGUUUUUGAGAACAAUAAUCUUAGCUGUUUUCUUUCUUCUUACACAGUUUUCUGGGAUGAGUCUUGUAAAAGUUAAUUGAAAACUCACUCCCCUCUCUGUCGGAACUCAGACCAAGUCAAUUUCCAAGCCUGUAAUUCGAAUUGUUUUAUUAUUGUUAUUGUUUGCCUAGGAAACAUCAACAAAUGCAACUUUUAGUUCACUUUGCUUCCCACAUACUAGCAACUUGGUUAUUAUAUUUGGUUCCUUUGAAAAUCACAGAGCAGAACAAAACAGAAAACGAAAGCAAACAACAGGAAAUGAGGUGUUGUACUGGUCAAUCUGUCCCUGGCUGGCCCUGAUAUGAGAGAGGGAAGUUGUUGAGAUAAUUGCCAAUCAUCACAGCUCCUCUCUCGUAACCCGUGGAGAAUGAGAACGCUCUCCCCGCUCUCCAUUGUGAUUCUUCCACUGCUGCCUGUGAGGCUAGUGUGUGUUGUUCUCUACCCUCUGUUUGUAUUACCUCUAUAUAUGCUGUUUAUCGGAACUCUUAUUGUAUGCACUGAAUUUAAAUUGCUCUUGGUAAGAGCAUGUUCUAAUUGGCUUGUAAAUGUAAAUGCACUUUUCUGUCUCCCUAUGUCUCUUUCUCUGUUUGUAUAUUACUUUCUCUCACUCUUCCACUCUCUACCCUCUCCCCCUCUCAUUUUCUCACUCCUCAUCCCUCCUCUCUCUUUCCUCAUUUCUUCUCAACCCUCUUCCUCCUCCCUGCACCUACUUGUACCUACUUCUCUCUCUCUCUUUCUCUCUCCUCUCUCUCCUUCUUUCUCUCCUGACAGUUUGCAAGGCAGCCAAGGCAGACCUGGCUUUCCUAGUGGACGGCUCCUGGAGCAUCGGGGAUGACAGCUUCCUGAAAAUCAUCCGCUUCCUGUACAGCACCACAGGAGCCCUCAACACCAUUGGACCAGAUGGCACUCAGGUAAAAAGAUUGACUAGACCAACCAAUGGUCCUGUGGCCAGCUAGCAUUUACAGAUGUAGGAUCUUAAUUGGAUCACCCUGUUGCAGGAUAACUUUCCUGCAAUCCAGGAAAUGUAACAUUUGUAGUGUAUUUGAGGUUUAAAAAGGCUUCUGAAGUUUGUAAUUUCAGACUUUCUUUUCCCUUAUGAAAAAUGUAUCAACCUCUACAAAACUGUCCAUUAAUUAUAAUCCACAUAAUACUUCCCAUUUCCUGUUGCUGCAGGAUUAUUUUCCUGCUGGACCAAACUGGCUAAAAUUACGAUCCUACAUCUGUACAGUACUGUCAUAAAUGAAACACCUAUGUUUGACUAUAUGUCACGUGUGUUUUUAUGAACAAUACAUUUAUGCCGUCCAUUAUUAGUCCACUACUUUACAACUACCCCCCCCCCCCCCCCCCCCCCCCACACACACACACACACAAAAUACUCUGAAAUGCCACAUUUUCAAUUCAACUCAAAAUAUAUUUUUCCCAUCAGGUGGCCAUUGUCCAGUUCAGUGACGAUGCCAGAACCGAGUUCAAACUCAACUCGUACGACAACAAGGAGAGGCUGCUAGAGGCCAUUAACCGUAUCUCCUACAAGGGAGGGAACACCAAGACAGGCAAGUGGACAACAGGUCUUAUUCACUUUAUUAAAAAGAGUGUUUCAACCAUCAAGGCACACCUUUGUCAACCUUAUUCACUCUCUUACAAUGUGGAGUUUUCAUACUAUUACUCUGAAGCAUACAUUAAAGGGACAUUUCAAAAAUGUUCUACUUUAUAUUCGUCAUCUCCAGCACCACCCCAACAUCAACAUAUGUGAAAAUGGCACGUUUCUAUGUCUUGUAGUAAAAAAGAUUGAGAAAGAUAAGUGUUUCUAAUGACAUCAUCAACCAAUUAGUAGACAAUUAGUAGGUAAUUAGUAGGUAAUGCCUACUCACAAUUGGUCAAAAUCACACUAUGCACACCGAUGAUGUCAUUGGAAACACUUAUCUUCCUCUAUCUUGUUUACGACAAAACAUAGAAACGCACCAUUUUCACAUAUGUGUAUGUUGGGGUGGUGCUGGAGAUGAUAAGUAUGAAGGUAAAACAUUUUUGAGUUUUUAUUUAAGUUCCUAUUUAUUUUUCAUAAAAUGUCUAAAUGGACUCCCAUAACAGUAAAUGAACAGGAUAACUGAAUCCCAUUUAGACAGCUGUAGCUGCCAGAUGAACAGAAAUACCCCUUAUUGACAUUCCUUUUGUAACCUGCCGAAAAAAAAUCAGUCAUUGUAAUCAGGCAGGCCAGAGUAAUCAAGCGCGGCUUCCGAAGAACAGUGAGACGCUGACAUUAAUCAGUGUUUUUUUGUUGUUGUACCAAACCCAGGAUCCCCAAGGGGAGCGAUAAUGCAUUCUCCAAGUCAUCUAACAAUGUUUUCUUUUUUUCAAACGGAUGCAACGAAGAAGUCUGCUUGGUAAUGAUAAUUGUUGCAUUGUGUUCUCCUUUGUAAUGUGUAUAGUUGCAGGUGGGAUGGGACUAAUAACGAAGAAAAUGUGUUGUUGCUGAGAUAGUGAUAACCCAAAACUAUGAUCCUCUACCAAGUAACCUGGCUAGAUCCUGCUGUCAAUAUCGCUUAAUUUUCCCCUCCUUUCCUCCCUCUCUCUCUCUCUCCCUCUAUCCCUCCAUCCCUCCCUCUAAUUCUCUUACUGUAGGGCUAGCCAUCCGGCAUGUGAAAGACACCAUCUUCACAGUGGGAGGAGGGAUCCGGAGGGGCAUCCCCAAAGUACUGGUGGUGUUGACUGACGGGCGCUCUCAGGACGAUGUCAACAAGGUCUCUAAAGAGAUGCAGACGGAAGGUGAGGCACAUGAUGCAAUAAUUCAAUUGAAUAGAAUGUGGUACAUGAAAAUAACAUUCUACAACACAGAAAAGUAUCGAUAUAUGUUAAUCCAACAAAAUGUUAUAGUUAGGUAUGCACAUUACACACUAUUGGCAAUACUGUAUGCUUACCUUCUUCACAGGGUACAUUGUUUUUGCCAUUGGUUUUGCGGAUGCGGACUACGGGGAGCUGGUGAGCAUCGCCAGCAAGCCCAGCGAGAGACACGUUUUCUUUGUGGACGAUUUAGACGCCUUCAAGAAAAUUGAGGAAAAGCUGGUCACCUUUGUUUGUGAGGCUGCCACUGCCAGUGAGUCCUACAGGAGCACAAUCUUAAAUCUAUGUUAUUCAAAAACACAGGCGGCAUAUUAUUGCCAUGGAGUGACA